GUUCCCUUCCCUCGGUUGGCACCAGUCUCGAUUGUCCGUAUCAUAUCAUCAUCUCCCUCUCUGUGUUCUCACCACAACCAUAGCAUCAAUUCGCCAUGUUCCCUUAUCUUUCUUCCUCUUCCCCGCUUUUCCUGCUAUGCCCUCUGCUCUUCUUCUUCCUCCUCAACCACUCCCCUCCAGCCGCCGCUGACCCCCUCUACCCAAUCUGCGCCAAGACCGGCAACUACACCCGCAACAGCACCUACGCUUCCAACCUCAACCUUCUCCUCACCUCCCUCGACUCCAACACUUCCAACUCCGGUGGCUUCUCCCAAUCCAUCUUCGGUCAGGACCCCAACAAAAUCUACGGAGAAGCCCUCUGCCGCGGCGACACCAACGCCUCCGUCUGCCGCUCCUGCCUCGACACUGCCAUCCAUGACGCCCCCAAUCUCUGCCCCCACGCCAAAGGUGCCCUCAUCUGGUACGACUACUGCCUCCUCUACUACUCCAACCAGCGUUUUCUCACGGCCAUCGACACCUCGAAUGAGAUCUUGAUGUAUAACACCGAAAACGUAACCGACCCCAGCCGGUUCCACAAGCUUGUCGACGUGCUCAUGGACAGGAUAGCCGACUGGGCUGCCUACAACUCGACCGAGAUGUUCGCGACCGGGGAGAUGAUGAACUCCACCAACUCUCCUUCUCCGACGAUAUAUGGGCUGGCGCAGUGCACUCGGGACCUGUCGAGGAGCUUGUGCCGGCAGUGCCUCAGCAGCAUGCUUAACCCGAUAGACCCCCUGUUUCAGGGGAGAAAGGGAGCGAGGGUGCUUGGAGGGGGCUGCAAUUAUAGGUACGAGAUAUACUCCUUCUACGAAGGGAAACCAACGCUGAGGCUUCAGUCGCCGCUAGAGGCCGCACAGCCAGCGGCCCCCCAAGCGCCUCGACUUAUUACUCCGCCCGGAAAAGAAGGAAAGAAGAAGAAUGUCACAGGUACGGUCCUUGCGAUUGCAAUACCUCUAGUAGCUGCAUUCUUGCUGAUCUCCAUAAUUUGCAUUUGCUUCUGGAGGAGGAGGAAGCCAGUUGUAAGAUUACCCUUGGAUUGGACUAGCCCAGAGGAGAUUGCAAGUGUCGAGUCCCUAUUACUUGAUAUAUCUACACUACGAGCUGCGACAGCUAACUUCUCCGAAGAGAACAAACUUGGAGAAGGUGGCUUUGGUGCAGUUUACAAGGGACUAUUACCUGAUGGACGAGAAAUAGCAGUGAAGAAGUUAUCAACUAGUUCAUCACAAGGAUUUGGAGAGCUGAGAAAUGAGCUAGUUUUAGUUGAUAAGCUCCAGCACAGGAAUCUUGUAAGGCUUCUGGGUGUUUGCUUGGAGGAACAAGAAAAGUUGCUUGUUUAUGAAUAUGUGCCAAACAGAAGCCUCGAUACCAUUCUCUUCGAUUGUAUAAAGCGCGAGCAGCUAAACUGGGGGCGAAGGUACAAGAUCAUUGGUGGGAUUGCUCGAGGCCUACUAUACCUACAUGAAGAAUCUCAGUUAAAAAUUGUACAUCGGGACUUAAAAGCCAGCAAUGUCUUACUAGAUGCAGAAUUGAAUCCAAAGAUUUCAGACUUUGGUUUGGCUAGGCUUUUUGGUGGAGACCAAACUCAGGCCACCACGAGCCGAGUUGUUGGAACAUUUGGAUAUAUGGCACCAGAGUAUGUCAUGCAUGGGCACUAUUCUAUAAAGUCAGAUAUAUACAGUUUUGGUGUUCUUGUUUUAGAGAUCGUGUCUGGAAGAAAGAAUAGUGACAACUCUGAGUCUGAAUCUGUUCAAAACCUAUUGAGCUAUAUUUGGGAGCAGUGGACGAAAGGAACAAUUUUGGAGAAAUUGGACCCAUCCUUAGGCUACCAUUGCCCAAGAAGCGAAGUGUUAAGAUGCAUUCACAUUGGAUUAUUGUGUGUCCAGGAAAAUCCAUCUGAUAGACCCAACAUAUCACAAGUUGUUGUCAUGCUCAACAGCGACUCUGUUUCUCUCCAAGCUCCUUCCAGACCAGCAUUUUGCAGUAGCAUGGACUCAUAUGCUUAUUCAAAUGAAUUUAAUUUAUCUGGACAUGCAAAUGACCGAUCUUCAGGCAAGGCAAUACCGAUGUCACCAAAUGAGCUGUCAAUUUCAGAACUUGAACCUAGGUAGAUAUAAGAAGGUAAGAAGAAGAAGGUUGAUGAAUAUAUUGAAUAAUUAGUCUUUCUUUGAGAAAACUUUAGACUUUAUAUCAUGGAUGUUACACUUGUAUUUUUGCUCAAACCCUCGGAAUGCUAGAAGAACAAUGUAUAUGCCUGAUGUCUACCCAUUCUUAUGAGAAAAUCUAUUGCUUGAUUUC